AUGCUUCAUCUUCUGGGCAAUCCUGCUGAUAUUAUUUUUUUCAAUCCUGCACUUGAAGCAGUUUUACCACUUAAUCCAAUCAAGGCAAUAUUGAAAUGUGGAAUUGAGAUGAAUUCAGAAGGUCGAUCGGUUAUCAAAAAUUUAGACCAAGAAUUAUCACCUUAUUUGGUCAAUCGUGUCCGAUAUUGCUUCUUUUUGGCAUGUGCUGCUUUUGCGAAACUGAUCGACAUUUUCUAUGGUGAUUUUAAUUUAUCGAUCGAUUUCAAAGAAUCUGACGAAUUUCUUCGUCUUUGGUCAGAAGCAAAUCAAAAUGCUCAGAACGAUUGGCAGAAUCAGCAGCAGGUGAUGACUCAAAGUUCUUCAUUGAUUACUGCUGAUAGUUCGACAUUAAUUGCUUCUCAGCUAACAUUUUCUAAUGGCAUAGGUGGGAAUUUUCUAAAAAAUGCAUUACACGGAAGCUCUCAUUCAUCGAAAAGUCGUGCAACUUCAGAUCGCUCAAUAGUUGCUCCAGUCCCAUCUUUGCAAACGAACAUCGAUGAUAUACCAUUGGAUGUGGCAAAACCAGAUUCGUGUCAAUUCGUAUGGCAUUAUUUACAUAGCAACAAAGCGCAAGAUCCUUUUAUUGGUGAACAUCAGCCUAAAGUAUCGCGAAUGCUUGAUUUGUUUAUGGAUUGGCUAGUAAAAUCUGCCCUUGUACGUCCAUCACGAUAUUCUUCAAUAUAUGGUAUUUUUUAUCAGUUGAUACUAUAA